UCGACUGUCAUCCGCUCGUCCGCUCGUCUGCUCGUCCGCACGGGGGCUACUAUUUUCCCCUUGACGCGUCGCGCAAACGUUCACCGUCUAUAUCUCACCCACCUCUCGCAGCCGUCGAAUGCGUCGUGACAGCGUGCCGCUCGUUGCGCUUUUUUGUUUACCCGCCCGAUGGUUGGCGACGCUCGAGAUCGCGAUAUUCGCGAUAUGAACGCGAGGCGCACAGCCAGCGGUGGCAGCUGUUACAGGGACCGUGUCGGAAUCGGGACCGAGAUUGAGACACUCCGGCCAGGCGAUAGGACGUCGCGCAGACAUCGAGCGCUAAUCGAGCUACUAUCCCCAUGCUUGGCUGCGAUUUUCUUGGAACCACUUUAAAACCAUCCCUCGAGUAUGGGCUCGAGCAGAAGAUCCGGCUCUGGCGGGAGUCGAGCGAACGCUGGCGUUCUCAAGGAACGUGCCAACCUGUCGUUCAUGCUGGUCGUCAUGUUCUUUGCCGUGUUCGGUUUGAUCGUCCUCACGGAAAUAUUUCUGAUCGACGAAAGGCGCGGCGUAAGCAUCGGAGGCACCGGCGUACUCGGGGGUCACAGAAGCGGUCAUCGAUUACCAGCUGCGCCUGAUCGUCCAGAUUACGGGGAAAUAGGAGCCGAAGAUUACGUCGGUUUGAAGGGUAGUUUUGACGAGCAUAUCGGGUUACUGGUACACGGGGAGAACGGAGGACAGAAGACAGUAAUACACCCGGAUCCGCGUGGCUUACCGAGCUUACCGCCCAGCUUGGAAGCUCGUUUACCGCAGUUGGAUCAGAACCUAAAGGUUACGCAUGCUGAAUGGUUGCCAGUCACUAAUACGAGGUUCAAAUUUUUCGUUUAUUCGGCAUAUUUCGACAACAGAGUUAGCGGCGCGGGUACGCCGGCUGGCAAGAGUCAGGGUGUAGUACGUGUAAUUAGCGCUACUAAAACCAGAGGACCGGAGCGUGUUUGGUGUAGGCUCUGGUAUCGACAGCAAAACAGUGCAAACGUCACUAUCUCGGUAACGGUUGCUGCCAAAGUUAAGGUGAUUCGGGAGAAUUGGAAUCUCAAGUACAGUGCCUGCUUCGUGAUAUGUCCGUUACCUAAAGAAUCCCCAACGACGGAUAAGGUGCCGGAAGCGGUCAGUGUCGUGGCGAGACUGCGAGCGGUCCCGACGAAUCGUAUCUUCGUACAGAAUCGUUUCGAAAGCAGGACAAACGCCAAGGAGGCUUUGGCUGUUUGCGUCAAACCUUUGCAUUAUUAUUACAAUAGGGUUUUGCAAUUGGUGGAAUUUAUCGAGUUGCACAGACUCCUGGGCGCUACUCAUGUCACUUUGUAUAACGAUACUGUAGGCGCAGCGGCCGGCUGUGCGUUAAAAUAUUAUGAGAACAAGGAUCUGGUUACAGUGUUACCAUGGCAUCAUCUUGACAUGAUUUCCCAGCGGGAAAUUCGCACGGAAGGUCUUUUCGCAGCACUUAACGAUUGCCUCUACCGAUCUAUGUACAAAUACGAAUAUGUGGCGCUCGUAGAUCUCGACGAGUAUAUUAUACCAAGGCAUAAUGACACUAUAAUCGAUCUGCUACGAUGGAUGGGAAAUCGAAUUAACAUCAAGUCUACUGGUGCAUUUUCUUUUCAAAACGCCUUUUUUUACCUACAAUGGGCCGAUGAUCCUUUUGUGGUGACUAGCCAUACUCCCACCGAGGCCGGUUUGAUUACUCUGAAAAAAACACGACGCAGGACCAAGUUGCAUCCGCACAAGCAACGCUCCAAAUACAUCUGUAAACCACAAGACGUGGUGGAGGCGGGCAAUCACUUCGUCUGGGAAUUUAUUCCCGGUCAUGGAACCCUGAACGUGCCCUCCGAUGCCGCCAUCUUGCACCAUUACCGUGUCUGCGAGUUUGGUGGUGACGACUGCAUCAAGACACAAUCGACGGUCGAUAGAACGGCCUAUAAAUACAGAGAUCGACUUGCGACGAAUGUCGACAAGACGUGGAUGGAAUUGCGCGCCGAGUGCUCGCUUCCGGAACUUGAUCCGGUUCCGGCAUUAACACCUCGAAUCAAAGCCAAUCCACUCGGCAAAUCGGUCAGGUAGCGAAAAACCAUCGUUGAAAUUCUGUGGGACAUUGGCAAUUUCACUGGUACGCCGAAAGUCGCGAGGACCUAUUUCUAUAACUACGGCGGUCCGUAGGUUUCUCAAACUGAGCUAAGCGAACUCCCGUCUUUUUUUAUGAAACUUACUGAACGGUGUUUUUAAAUUUGCGAAGCAGGAGAAUACGCUUAUCAGCGAGAUAAUAGAAAUUGCGAAAAAAAGAAAAAAAAA